AUGAUACAGCUGCAAGCCCACGACCCUCCUCCAUCGGCUGAAUACCAUCAUGGCCAGAAUGCCGAGCCCUCCUCCCCCUGCAGAGAUGACCACCGGCCCCGUUGCAGAGACGUGCUGCUACACCCAGCUUCCCCUUUAAGGGAUGAACCCCUACAUCAGCAUGAGGCUAGCAUGAGGCUCCCCAUUAUGACUGAAUGGCAUCGGCUUUGUGAGUCCUGCAUUCUAAAUGCUCUCCGUGUGGUACAGAAAGACUCAGCUCGCAGACACCGACGUGGCCGCCGCCGCCACCAACAUCAGGGCGUGCUGGCCAUCGGGAUUCAAGAAGGAAACAGCCUCCAGGAGGCGAUUGACCGCCUGCUGACUGGAGAAGCGGCGGUCCUUCUAGAGGCAGAGGAAGAGCAAAGCCUGCGACGUCUGCAACAGGGCCUCCGCAGGGACGUAGGAGGGUGGAUUAUUGGAGUAGAGGAAGCCCACCUCCUCCUCCAGCGGCUGAAUGACAUCAUGGCCAGAAUGCCGAGCCCUCCUCCCCCUGCGGAGAUGACCACCGGCCCUGUUGCAGAGUCGUGGGCUUAUUCACAGGUGAGAUACCAUAAUGAAUCAUUUUUCAAUAGGAAAUGGGGAAGGGCUGCAGAGUACCAGUCUUACAAUAUGGCUAUCCUGGGACAUUUGUUUGAAGUCAUAACUUUUGUUAUCAUCUCUGGCCAGAACACCAUGAAAGUUCCUGAAUGCCGCCUGGCCGAUGAACUCGGAGGACUAUGGGAAAACUCCCGUUUCACCGACUGCUGCCUCUGUGUGUCUGGACAAGAGUUUAAAGCGCACAAAGCCAUUCUGGCAGCCCGAUCACCUGUGUUUGGCGCUAUGUUUGAACAUGAGAUGCAAGAAAGCAUAAAAAACCGCGUUGAGAUAAUAGACGUGGCACCUGCUGUGUUCAAAGAAAUGAUGUGCUUCAUCUACACCGGCAAAGCACCUAAUCUGGACAAGAUGGCGGAUGACUUAUUGGCGGCUGCCGAUAAGUAUUUUCUGGAACGCCUGAAAGUGAUGUGUGAGGAAGCUCUCUGCAGCAACCUAUCUGUGGAGAACGCAGCAGAGAUCCUGAUCCUGGCUGAUUUACACAGCGCUGACCAACUGAAGACCCAAGCUGUGGACUUUAUCAACUACCAUGCAUCUGACGUUAUGGAGACAGCUGGGUGGAAGUCUAUGGUUGUUUCCCAUCCACAUCUGGUAGCAGAAGCAUACCGCUCCCUGGCUUCAGCCCAGUGUCCUUUUCUGGGCCCUCCACGCAAACGUCUGAAGCAAUCCUAAGAAGUUCCUGCAGGACCUUCCAUCUUUCUCCUGAAGUCGAUCAUUAGUCUUCAUCCCACCGUAAGAGACAUCUGGUGGUCAUUGUAGAAGGAAUCGGAGAGUAAACGUACAGUUGGCGCUACCAUUACAUCGUGUGCUGCCACCUAUA